UAUUUACUCGGGUGAGUGAUAUAAAAAGAUCUCCUCCUGAGCAUGACAUUCAGAUCAUCUGCUUUGCUAAAUAAUCAAAUUUGAGUUCUUCCUUCUGUGUGAGUGAAAGGAACUUUGAUGAACAUGAAGGUUUUCUUUGUCGUCAUGGCAUUCUGCUUUGCUCUAAACGAAAUGGUUCUUUGCCAGGAGAAGCCAAAAGAAUAUAAAGUUGGAGAGCCCCAAUUCAGCUUACAAGCAGCUGGCAGUGGCAACAACAGGAAGAAUUUCCAAGGCGGAUAUAACGCUGGAGUGGGAACCAAAGUAUGGGAGAGCAAGAAUAAGGACAGAAGCUUGGAACUUGGAGUCAACUACGGCCAGGGAUUUGCACGUGUGGAUGGACAUACGUUCAAGUCGCCUCCUCAAUAUGGAAUCGGUGGUACUUUUAGGUGGGGCAAGAAAUGAUGAAUUAUAUUUAAAGCAUUGUGUUCUGUGAAAAGAGCUUAUUUUGUAUGAAUUGAUGGGAAAUAAAUAUUUCAGU